AUGACUGUGGGUGAUUCUUUAGACUUCUCGCACCUCUUCUCGGAUGAAACCAAAGCACGUAAGUCGUCGCCUCUAAAGUCGUGCAUCCACUUGUUCCAAGACCCCAAUAUCGUCUUUUUGGGCGGUGGGCUGCCCAUGAGCAAAUACUUUCCUUGGGACAACUUGCAGGUAGAGUCGCCAUUGCCUCCAUUUGCUAAUGGGAUUGGUGAAUCGCCUUCUGGGGACGCCAAAGACACCUGCCAUGUUCAAGUACGCAAGAACGAAGUCACCAAGGCCGGUGACUCCAAGGACAUCCCGCUUUCGCGCUCUUUGCAAUAUGGACACAGCAAGGGCCAGCCAGAGUUUCUAUCAUUUGUUAGGGAGCACACCCAGCUGGUGCACGGCAUGAAGUACGCCGAUUGGGACAUCCUGGCCACCACUGGUAAUACUGGAUCAUGGGAAUCUACCCUUAGAAUUUUCUGCAACAAAGGCGACACCAUUUUGGCCGAACAGUACACUUUUUCUUCAUCCAUUUACGCCGCUGAGGCCCAAGGUGUCAAUGUUUUCCCCGUGCCGCUGGACGACCAUGGGUUGAUUCCUGAAAGGUUGGAAAGCAUUUUGGACAAUUGGAACCCAGAAACCAGGAAGCCCAAAUUAUUGUACACAAUCCCAACUGGUCAAAAUCCUACAGGCUCCUCGUUGAGUGAUGACCGCAAAGUGGAAAUCUACCGUAUUGCCCAAAAGCACGAUUUGCUAAUUUUGGAAGAUGAACCUUACUAUUUUCUACAGAUGGAUGCUUACCAAAAAGAUCCCUCACAAAGAAAGGCCACCGAAUUUGCCUCUCAUGAUGAGUUUGUCAAAUCCUUGGCUAAAUCUUUUAUCUCGCUGGAUACCGAAGGUCGUGUUAUUAGAAUGGAUUCGUUCUCUAAGGUCCUAGGACCCGGUACCAGAUUGGGGUGGAUUGUCGCUUCCGCGAAGAUUUUGAAAGCAUACCUUCAGCUUCACGAAAUGACCAUACAAAACCCUUCUGGCUUCAGUCAAAGCAUUGUGGCCGGAACAUUGAACCGUUGGGGUCAGGGUGGAUUCUUAGACUGGCUAAUAGGCAUGCGUCGUGAAUACAAUGAAAAGCGUGAUGUUGCUAUUGAUGCUCUCUACGAGUAUAUUCCAGAGAGCCCAGCCUUCCACAUCAAUCCACCAAUCGCAGGUAUGUUCUUUACCUUGAACAUUGACGCCUCUUCGCAUCCGGAGUUUGCUACCAAGUAUCAAUCUAAACCUGAGCUUGUCGAACAAGCUAUCUACGAGAAGGUUGUUGCGAGCGGCGUACUAGUUGUUCCUGGUGCUUGGUUCAAGGCUCUGGGGGACACUCAACCACCUCAACCUACUUCAAGCAAACAGGAACUAGAUCCUAAUGGAGUAAUCUUCAGAGGAACAUACGCUGCUGUGCCACUGGACAAGUUGAGAGAGGGUAUAAAGAGGUUUGGUCUCGCUCUUAAGGAAGAGUUUCAAUUGUAG